GAGAGGCACUGCUAAAACAGCCUGGCAGGACACAUCCAUAUCUCAGUCUGAAAGAGAGAAUCAGUCUGAGCUCAAACCAACUGCACUGCUGAGAACUCAAAUGAGAGCAAGGAUCAGCCGACGAGGACAGUCGUUUCAGAGAGGACCCUAAACUGAAAGUGUAUUGUAUGUUGUGUUAGAGAGAAAGAAGAGGACUGCUGGAGUGCUGCUGCUCUAGAGGAAUUGAGACUGAAGGUGAAUGUGAGACUGACCUAUCAGAGGCUACAGCAGGGAAAGAUCAGGAUGAGCAUGAUCGACACACUGGAGAAGGGGGCUCAUCACCAGACCAUCGACCUCUCUGAAGAGCUCCCAAGCAUCAGUCAUCAUCACCAGCACCAUCACCCCAAUCUCCAGCAUACCAACUCCUUGGUCUCCACCCUGCCAGCCGGGACUACAGUAGGUGGAGCUGGAGUGGUUGUGCCUCCACCUUACUCCCCAGAGGCUGGAGGAGUUGAAGCACCGCUGGAGCUGCGGGGCUCUUUGGACUGCUGGGCCUGUUCGGUGCUGGUCACUGCACAAAACCUGCUGAUCGCCGCCAUCAACGCUUGCCUGGCUGGACUGGUCUUUGGGCUCAUCCUCACUCCUGCUAUCGUCAUGGUGGUGUUUGGCUUUCUUUGUCAUUCAACGGUGCGUCCACAUGGUUCUUUACCAUACUGCUCAGACUUGCUGACUGACGGGGGCUGUGUGGCUCUGCUGGUUGUGGGUUUCUUGCUAGUGACUCCUCUCUUGGUUCUGGCAUUGGCUGCGUACUGCCGGCUAGCUCGACACCUUCAGCUGGGGCUGUGCUUUAUUCCGUACAGUCGCGCCGUUUACAAGAACCUUCCAGCUACCCAGCAUCGUGGUCUGGCAGGAGGUUGCUGUGGACAGCGAUCUAUGAAAGGAGCAGGAAAGGGGAAGGUGUGGGUCUAGUAGUCAGGACUUCACACUGUUGUAGCCAUAGAGUUAUGGAACACCAUGUUACACAUUGCUGAGCUAAAACAAAUUACAUCCAAAUAUUUAAAUAUAUAAAUCACAGACAGAAAGAAGAACUUCCUGCUCUCUGAUUUUGAGGCAUACUCACUGGAACUGUUACAGCAUAAUCAAUAUUUGACAUUUAUAAAAUGACCAAACUUAAAUAUUCAGAAAUUGUGUAUGUUUUCUGUCAAACACUGUUCACCUCAAAUAGCCAGCACACUUUAAAAAAGAUUUCCAUUUAUAUUUUGUUAACUAUUUUCUUAUAACAUGUACAAUGUUGUUUAUAUUCUUUUUUUCAAUAAAUGUUAC